AUGGGCGACAUCGUCCAAGAAUACAGUCCGCCCCCAGCGCUCCGCACGCGAACCGCCUCCCACCGGUAUGCGGUAUACAAGGGGAUGACUCCAGCCGCAAAGGCCAAGGUCAUCGAGGAAGAAGCCGACGCGAAUGGCAUAGAAAGACCUCGAGAUUACAUAGUCUCCUUCCACUACAAUGCCAAGGUCGAAGAGCAUCAUUUCGGACGAUCGCACCCGAUGAAGCCCUGGAGACUGCAACUUACCAAGCAACUGAUACUGUCAUACGGCCUUGAAUAUGCCAUGGAUAUGUACAAGACCAGGAUGGCCACAUCGGAUGAACUGGCCCUCUUCCACGACCGCGAGUACCUCGAUUUUCUAGCAGAAGUGACCCCAACAAACCUCUUAGAGAAGGAAAAGGCAGCCGGGAAGUUCAACUUUGGCGGCGAGAGCAACGACUGCCCCGCCUUCGACGGCAUGUGGGACUACGCGCGUCUAUACAGCGGCGCAUCCAUCCACGCCGCGGAACGACUCGUGAACGGCCAGUCCGACAUCGCCAUCAACUGGUCUGGCGGUCUCCACCACGCCGGGAAGAGCAGGGCAUCCGGGUUCUGCUAUCUGAACGACAUUGUGUUGGCAAUUCUCCACUUACUCAAAGUCCAUCAGCGAGUCCUCUACAUAGACAUAGACGUCCACCAUGGCGAUGGUGUCCAGGAUGCCUUCCACUCAACUGACCGCGUCUUGACGCUUUCCUACCACAAGUACGCCGGCAACGACUUCUUCCCCGGAACCGGCGGCGUGGAUGAAAACGGACCGGCUGAGCCCGACAACCCGGGCGCACGCUAUAGCCUCAACGUGCCUCUUGAAGACGGUAUAGAUGACCAGCAGUACGAAUGGCUCUUCGAGAUGAUCACCGGCCCCGUAAUCGAGCAGUACAAUCCCGGCGCCAUUGUCCUCCAAUGCGGCGCCGACUCGCUCGGCGGAGAUCGACUCGGCAAGUUCAAUCUCAAUAUCCGUACUCACGGAUUCUGCGUCGAGUUCGUCAAGAAGACCGGUCGUCCACUGCUGCUGGUUGGCGGUGGCGGCUACACGCCAAGGAAUGUGGCCCGAGCGUGGUGUCACGAGACCGCGCUGUGUGUCGGAGCAGAACUGAUGGACGAGCUGCCGAUGCACGUGCCCUAUCGACAGGCGUUUGAGGGGGAAGCCAAUGGGGACGGGAAGCUUUAUCCGUCGCUGCACAACAAUGGUGUGAACCGACACGUGAAUAGGAACAACAAUGCCGAAUUGAAGAAGCUGGUUGCGAAAGUGCUGACGAAUCUGAGGUACUGGAAGGGCUCGCCCAGCAUUGAAAUGGGGCAGUUGCCGAAGCGCUUCAUGCAGUUGAGGAAGGAUAUUGAUGACGAGUUGCGGGAGGAAGAGGAGGACAGGGAAAGACCAGCGGCCGAAAAUAAUAGAAGAAAGAUUGAGAAGAAUGUCGGUGGACGAGGGGAACACCGCGAGCAGACGAGGAUGUAUCAAGGGUAG